GUCGUCUAGGUACAGUUUGAGAGAGAGACGCUCUCAAUUUGUGAAUAGAAAAGAAGAAGUAAAGGAAACAAAGAAAAGAGUCCGAAGAAAUCUACUCUACCCUAUCAGUCUCCUCUGUGAUAGACAUAACCGAAACCAACUUUCCAAUUACUCUCUCUCUCUCAAAUCCCUGCAGCAUCACUAUCAGAUUUUUUGGAUAAUUGUUGAUCUUCAAUCAUACUCAGACUUAUCUUAGGGAAUAAGAGUGGUGGGUUUCAUAAUUUACUGGUUAGUUGUGUCCAGACGAAGAAGAAGAAGAUGAGACCGAAGAUGAUCUUAUUCGGGGACUCCAUAACUGAAGAUUCAUUUGGAGAAGGAGGUUGGGGAGCUUCUCUUGCUCAUCAUUUCUCCCGUUCGUUGGACGUAAUUCUUAGAGGUUACAGUGGAUAUAAUACGCGCUGGAUACUCAAAGUGAUUGAGAAAGUCUGUAAUGGAGAAUCACCGAUAGCAAUGACUAUUUUCUUUGGUGCUAAUGAUGCUUCUCUUCCUGAUCGAACUAGUGCUUUCCAACAUGUUCCUCUUCAUGAAUACAAGCAGAACCUGCAAUCAAUAGUUUCCUUCAUUAAGAGAAAAUGGCCAACUACCCUUAUUCUGCUUAUAACUCCACCUCCAAUUGAUGAAGAUGGACGUAUUAGGCAUCCUUUUGGAGAUAAUCCAUCAGGUCUGUCGGAAAGGACGAAUGAGGCUGCGGGUGCUUAUGCUAAGGCAUGUGUGGAGGUUGCUGAUGAAUGUGGAGUGAUUGGAGUGGAUUUAUGGACUAAAAUGCAACAAUACCCUAAUUGGGAAAAAUGUUGUCUCAGUGAUGGCUUACACCUAACGCCAACUGGGAACAAAAUUGUAUACGAGGAAGUGAUCAAAAAGCUUACAAAAGAAGGGGUAAAUGUUGAAACUUUAUCAGCAGAUCUCCCUCUCCUAUCUCAGAUCGAUCCUUGUGAUCCCUUGAAAGCAUUCCAGAACUGAGAGAUUCCUGAAUUAUCCACAUUACAUAUACCAGGGGACUCUUUUAGUUAGUUAGUUACACAGUUUAUCAAUUAAGAAGCAACAUAUAUAUGUGGUGGUAAUUAAUACAAAGUCUGUUGCUCUCCCCAUCUUUGUUGUUUUGGUCAUUGAAAUGAUGCUUUUAUUCUCUUUUACUCCGUUAAUUCUUUUGGUUGUGUGCUGCAACAUUGAAAGUUGGAGCGUGGUCCUAUAAAUCUUGCUUCUGCAUUAAUUGGUUUUUACUUGUCUGGGCUUAAUGAUUAUAGAUUUAUAAAAGCAACCAAUUCAUGAUUGAUAUGAACCAACAUUAUGACUAUGAAAUUUAUAAUAUUUA